ACAAAAAAAAAACACGGUCCAAAAGGCGCAUCCUUUUGUUGACAGACAAAAUCUCGGUACAUCUCAGAGAAAGGAUAACAACUUUAGCAUCCUUUUGCGUUGUUAUAGUGGGCAAAAAAAAGCACCAGCCUACUGUGUGUUUGUUUGUCUUUUGAACAGGACAGGAAAAAAAAUUUUCUGUUGGCCUGGCCAGUUUUGUGGUUAAAAGUGUGAUUUUGGUUUCAAAGCAAAAAAAAUAAAACCCUUUUUUUCGUCCUUUUUUUCAGGAUCUACCAAACUGUUCAAAAUGAAAAUAUCUUUGUGAUAAUUUUUUUAAAUCCGUCUAAAAAAAUUUCUGUUUGUGAAAAAUACCCUAUUCCAGACAGUUUGUGGGUGUGUUUUCUUUUGCAUUUUUUGUCUGUGUCUACGGUGGUGUUUGCAUCCCAUUAAGCAUUAAGGAUAUAACAAGGAUAUACACAAUAAACGCAAGCAAUGCAUUUCUGGAUCGAUAAGCGUUCUCAGACCUAUGGGUUUGGUCGUGCUCGAGUAGCUGCAUCCUUAUCCGGAGCAGGUGGAAACGGCUUAGGAUUUCCACAUCCACCACGUCGAAUGGGUGGCAAGACGUCCUUAAUGCCAACAAUACAUCGUUUACCGCCUUCAUCGUCGUCGUCGUCUUCGGCCUCCCAACAACAACAACAACAACAGCAUUCGCACAGUCAUGGCCAUCAACAACAGCACCAACAACAGCUACAACAACAACAACAACAACAAUCGACUACAAUAGACUGCCAUAGAUCGCAUAGUAUAGCUAACAACAAUAAUAACAACAACAAUGCGCAUAACAGUUAUCACAGCCAUAAUACUAAUAACAAUCACCACUCGAAUAGCACUAACAACAAUAGCGCUAGCAAUAAUAGUGUUGCCAGCAAUAACAAUAAUUUUAGUAAUACAAGUGGCGCCAGUAGCGGGACCAUAGUGCACUACUCUUCCAACAGACAAAGUCGUGGUUGUCGCAGUAGCAGCAUUAAUAGUGCCACAUUGAAUAACAACAAUCAUCAUGACCCUAGUACGACUAUGACCACAACUACCACACGGAGUUACCAUCAUCAUCCGCAGUUUGGUAAUAUGAGUAUAAGACACUAUCAGACUCAACACUCUUCAUCCACGACUGGGGGAAGUGGGGAUCAUGGCAACUCGUAUGCCACAAGGGUCCACCAUCAUCAUAAUCACCACCACAAUUCAACACAUAGAUCGCAUUCGUCAGCGCCCUCUGCUUCAUCAGUGACGUCAGUAUCACUGCCACCUAUUUAUGUCCCAUCGCAUGCUCAAAAUCUUGAACAAGGUCCCAUGGGUAUGGGACCCAUUCCGACAGUUCGUCUGCAUCAUUCCAAUACGACUGGCACAGUGACAACAACCACCACCGCUAGCAAUCCGAUACUUGAUUCAGCCGAUGGUCAAGUGUUGCCAUCUCACUUGAAAUUCGGUAUGUGGGCAACCCUGAUUUUGGCCUCCGUAUUUGUUGCCGGUGUUAAAUUAUAUGCUGAUCAUCAAGGAACUGGUCUUGAAGUUCUCAUAUUUGCUGCAUUCUCUGCCACAUUCUUUCUUGCCGCAUGCACUGUCUCUCUCUGCCGUUUGCCAAGCAGCUUAGCUGCAUCUCCAUCGCUAAGCAUUGAUGAUUCUAGUCGUGGUUUAUUGGUUCAACAGCAAAAUAAUCAAUUAAAUCUACAUUAUCAACCAGCUCAUCAGCAACAACAGCAGCAACAAGUGCCACUAACACAAGAUAAUUUGGAAUUAACACCAACUGGUGCUCCACCACCAUACCAUAUUGCCAUUUUACUGCCAGAAAAUGGAAAAGAGCUACAAUUUAAAGACGAAUCACCGCCACCUUCGUAUGAUAAGAUUGUUAUUUAAUAGGAAGAGCUUAGAAGGUGUAGAAGAAAAGGUGAGAGAA